GGCGGAGAGGAGCUGCUUUUACUUUUGACCGCCGCGUCUUCACUUUGAGCCGGUGUCAACAAACAACCAGCCGGCUGGAAUGCAGCUGCGCCUCCUCGAACAGCCGCGGGUUCUUAAAAGCCUUUGAAACAAAAAGGCGCAGAUAAACCGACUUCUUCUACGCCUCUGAAUCCCGUUUCUGGCAUUUUGAUGGGCGCGUUUGUCUUCUGAAGGACUUUGUGCCGUCCCGUGACGCUGCUGCUCGGGUGUAGCCCGGGCGCGGCCGCGGCUUCAGAUCACUUCUCACGAGGACAUUAGAAGCACCCCCCCCCUCCUCCUCCAGCUACAAGCCCCGCAGCUUCUCCGUGACAGGAGGAGGUUUGUGAGCUCGGUGGGGUGGUGGAGGUAUGACUGCGCUGGCGGGGUCAGUGCCCAGGAUGAUGCGACCCACGCUGGCUCAGAACUACCCCCGCAGCGGCUUCCCUCUGGAAG